AUGGUGCCUCUGGCCUUCCUUGCCCGGCUCCUCCUUCUGCUGGCGAUUCUUGACAAAGGCGUCCUUGCAAGAAGAGGUGGAGGAGAUCAUGACGGCGAUAGCGAAGGCGACAGCAGCAGCGACGAUGGCAGUAGCAACGGUGGAAGCGAUGAGAGCGGCGGUAGUUCAAGUUCAUCCGGUUGUGGAGAUCAAGUCCAAAGCAACGCUCUGAGCAAUACAUACUUGGUCCCCAGCCACGCCACAAACUGGACCUCGCAAGGCGGUGCAAGGGCUGCGCCCAGCCCAACGAUAUACGACGGUUCAUUCUUUCAAGGAGAAGCGCAUCUGUCCUACAACCUGACGUCAGGCUCCAAAUGUCAGCUUUCAAAAGAGCUGCGGUUGCUCGGUUACGCGUGGAUCGGACCACAACCACCUUAUCCGAAGGGAGCCGAAAACCCGUUCAUAAUAGGAUUCAAGUCGUGGAAAUCCAAUAAGGCAGUGGAUCAGAUACACUCUUCCUAUUCAGACAUCAGAUGGGAAGGAGACAUGUGUGCUUCAGAACCGGAUCUUUUCCGAAUCCGCACUAGCACUGGCUCGGUCGGUGGAGACAGUGCCUGGGAUAUUAUGACUCUGAAUGUCCCCCCAAACUCGACAACAUCCGACACACUUCAUUUCAACGCCACCACAGUUCCUGACAUGAAGGUCAGUCAGUACGACGGCCUGUUCCGUCUGCGGGCUGAGAACUGCCUUCUCCACGACACAGAUAUACAUUGGUCAGAUACGACUAUCAUGGAAGGAUCUGUAACCAAUACAACAAUGGAGCUCAAGUUCUUCGGCUUGGCUGAUACGAAUUCGAGUUCCUACCAGUUAUUUGUAGGAAGCGAGAAAGACGUAAAGGCUAACUUUACAAUCACGUUCACUGGUCAAUUUGAUAGCGCGAAUUCCACACACGCUCUGGAGAUUCGAAGAGGAGAUCAAUCUCCUACCUGGGUACCGAACAACGCUGUCGGAAUUGUAUCUGAUGGAUGGAAAUAUGGAUUUGGGUGCAUUGUUGGGAUCCAAUUGAUUAUAUGGGGUUUGUGGUGA